CCAUGGGCGCCCCGGUGCCCGGGCUGCGGUGAGGCUGCCCCGGGCGGGGGGCCCGAUGCAUUCGCUGCUGGAUCGGCAGAAGAAAGCGGGUGGCGGCGUGGAUGCCGGGCUGGAGCUGCCGGCGGGCUCCCUUCCCCAGCCUCAGAGGAUGUUCAGCUGCGUGGGCUGUUUCUGGGUUCUCCUGUCCUCCUGCCUGGUGGCGGUCUGCAGCUUCAGCUUCCUCUCCCCUGCCUGGAUCGUGAAGGAGCCUCCCCUGCCCCAAGCGCAGGACGAGGUGAGCUUCGGCUUGCUCUGGCACUGCUCCGAGACGCUGGAGCAGAUGUACAGCUGCUACACCUUCGGGGGCCUGGGCAAGUUCAACGAGAUCCCCUCCAGCUCCUGGCAGACAAGUGCGGUGCUGUGUUCUGGAGGCUGUGCCCUGCUAGCCAUCAGCUCCCUGCUGGCAAUCAUUGCCGUAUUCCUUCCCAGCGGGCUGUGCGAGAGACGAGUGUGCACCCUGGCUGGUUACAUGCAGAUGGCAGCAGUGUUCAUCAUGGCUUCUGGGCUCUUGGUUUAUCCUUUCGGUCUCAACUCUGCUACUGUGAAGAAAUUCUGCAAGAAUUCAGCAAUCUACUAUGCAGGAGACUGCCAGAUUGGAUGGGGGUAUAUGCUGGCCAUUGUUGGAGUCAUGUUGUCUGUCUUUUUACCAUUCUUUGCAAAAUAUGCACCAAAAGAGCACAUAUCUCCAACUCCGAUACCUACUAUUUUAUAGUAUUUUAUUCGUAUUUGACAGCAGAACACUCCUGUCUGCAAUCCAUAGGCAGCAAGUAUUAUAUAGCACUUCCUUUUAGCUGUAUUGCUAAAAACAGAACACACAAAAUUGAAGACCAGGGGAAGGGGAGAGGGUCAGACUCAGAGACCAAAAGUGCACUGAUAGUCUUCCGUCACGAUGAGACGCUAACACUCUGGAAUUGAAAUAAGAUUCAUGAGCAGCUUUUAUACUGCUAGAAACAUACAAUGGCUUAAUGCCUUAGACAAAAAAAAUCUGUUUAUCCUCAAAACAUCUGUCUACCUCCCAAACAGUUUCUUUUAUGUCUCAAAAGCUUUUAAAAGCCUCAAUUCACUUUUAUAUAGUAUUCAAUGUCAGAACUUUUAUGAACCCAAUCAUUUUAAAUCCAGUGAUGGUAUUUUGUUAUAAUUAUGAUGAGUAGAUAAGCUCCUGCUAGCGUAAGGGUGUAAAAUGAAGCUUGUUAUCUAUGACAAACAUUGUAAGCAAGAAAAAUGUCUUUUUUAAUCAAUGCAUGUUAGUUGUGUGCCUGAAUAUUGUAAUUUCUAGGCACACUUUUCUGUACCCAUCUAAUAAUUGGGCCGUAUAGCCUCCAUAGUGACCGCUAUACAUUUUAGCAACCUUUUUGUUAAAGAGAUCUAACCAUUUCAAAGGGCCCAAUACCAAUAUAACAGGUUAAAGCAUAAAAAUAAGUAUACAUAACAAGUGCAUUUGUUUAGUCAGUUUUUAGAUUAUACUUUGCGUAUAGUUGUGUGGAAUCCUUUGAACUAUAAUUGCUUUUGGCUCGCUUUAGUUUCUUUAAAUCUGAGGGGUAAAGACUUCAUUAACAAACCCUAUUUGCCUCAUGACAAAGGUUCAUCAAAAUGUGAGACAGAAUGGACAAGAUUCUCAUAUUCCCACUCAUUUUGAAUAGUAUCUUUUUCCACAAGAGUGUGAUUUAUUGUGGAGCGCAUGCUAUUUGACAUGAGUAUGCAUGGCAGACUCCAGCAAUGACAUGACAUUAAAUUUAAUGUUGACUAGGAAAAUGCCAUAGAUGAUGGAUAUUUUUUGUGUGAAAUUUAUGAAGUCUAAUUCCAGCAGUGGCAUUUUUAUCUUCAUUACCACCAAGGAUUCAAACAAAUGCACCAAUUGCCUUAAUUAAAAGAAUAAUUGGGUUCUAAUCCUGCUCCAUCUCCAUGUUCCUCACUGAAAAUAAAAGUAAAAUUCCCAUCCUUUCAUUGUGUCAAGAGAUCAUCAUUUCUUUGGUAUCAUAAUUAUGUUCAGUUCUCUUUUAAUAAAUAUUUUAAUUCUGAAACUUACUUUUCAGGUUUGUAACUUGUCAUGUCAAUUAAUUGAUCAGAUUACUCAUGCUUUUUGACUAAUUACACGAGCCCGACUACUGGUUAUUCGUGAAUUUCUUCUUUGGUGAAAAAGGUGUGUGAAGGGACAGAUGGAGAAGCAUUGAGGGUGUAUAAGAAAAUGAGACCAGGCAGAACAAUCACUUUAUUUUAUUCCAGUAUGCAUCAAAGUGCUAUAGAAAUCGUGUUUACAUUCUUAAGCCUUCUGAGCUCAAACAGAAGCAUGCGGUAUUUUCUACAGAACAAGUUUGUUGUUACAUCGUGAGCCCCGAAGGACAAAUCAUGCGCGUUAAGUUCCACUGCUAAUAUUGGGAAAUACAGAUGUGAAAGCAGAACGAAGUACAUAGGGAGAGAGCUGUGUGGUUUUGGUCACAGCAUAAGUUCAGUUGGGAAUUAAAUCUUCUACAUGGGUAACAAAUAUGAGGCUGAGGGGAUGUCCUUUGCCCUCCAAAAGUAAAUAGGAUAGAUUUCAGUCUUCUCUGUACAUAACAUGUGCUUCUUAUUAGCAUCUUGUGCUCUUCUUCUCAUACGUUGCUGGAAUAGUUUGGAAAGUUUCAUAUAAAAUUAAGAAGGUAAAGACUGAAAAAAUAAAGACAGGUCAGUGGAAAAUCAUAACCACAAAGGAGAGAGAAAGAGAGAGAGAGGGAUGCAGGCUUUUCUUUCUUAACCAACCUGUGCCUUUACAAUCGAACAAAUGUACAAGACAGGAUCAAGGACUAAAAAAACUACAAAU